AAUCGGAAUUCACUCCAUCCCUGGUCAUGAGUCAUUGAGAAUAAUUCAGUUUUAUUUUUAGUUAACAAAAACGGUGCAUGCUUUCGGAAUUUAAAUAUAUUUAAGUAUUUAUUAUCAAAGAAUAAUCAAUAAAAAUGCAGGACCCCAACGAAGACACCGAGUGGAAUGAUGUGCUCCGCGCCAAGGGAAUCAUUGGACCCAAGGCGAAGGAGGCGGCGAUCACGGAGGAUCAGAUCCAGAAGCUGAUGGACGAUGCCAUCCAGAAGCGUACAGAUCUUCCUCUAAACGAGGGCCAGCGGGACAAGAAGAUCGACGACAUGUCGCUGGACGAACUCGACGAAUUGGAGGACUCCGAGGAUGAGGCUGUUCUAGAGCAAUACCGCCUCAAGCGCAUUGCCGAGAUGAGGGCCACCGCUGAAAAGGCGCGAUUUGGUUCCGUGCGCGAAAUCUCCGGGCAGGAUUAUGUCAACGAGGUGACCAAGGCCGGCGAAGGCAUCUGGGUGGUCCUCCACCUGUACGCCAACGGUGUCCCGCUCUGCGCCCUGAUCCACCAUCAUAUGCAGCAGCUGGCCGUCCGCUUCCCGCAGACCAAGUUCCUGCGCUCCGUCGCCACCACAUGCAUACCGAACUUUCCCGAGAAGAACCUGCCCACCAUCUUCAUCUACCACGAGGGAGCGCUGCGCAAGCAGUAUAUCGGUCCGCUGGAGCUGCGCGGCGACAAGCUGACCGUGGAGGAGCUGGAGUUCAUGUUGGGCCAGGCCGGAGCUGUGCCCACCGAGAUCUCGGAGGAUCCGCGACCACAGAUCAGGGACAAGAUGCUGGCCGAUCUGGAGGACAAGAGUGCGGACUUCUACUGAGUCUUAGGCAAAUCAUAAACCUCAUCCAACUUCCUGAAAUUUGGGAUGGGCCAGUAUCUAAGGAAUGAAUCAUGGGCCCAAUACAAACUUAAACAGGUCUUUGAAUCUGUGUUUUAAAGUAAUCUAAAAGAUUAUUUAAAAAUUGCAAAUUAUCAAAAUCAAGCUGAUUCUUAAGCUGAAUUAGUAAACUUAAUGUAAACCCCGACAAUAUUAUUAGAAAUCCGCCUUUGAAGGCGUACUUUAUUGAUUCAUAGAUAACUUUAAUUUGCCGUCAUGAUUUGUAAUUUUUCUUCAUCCACACAUACUGACCCAGUCUAUCCUCAGGGACUCCCUUUCACGUAUCCAUCUCAUUGUUUUGUGGCAUUUACGUACUCUCACAAAUAAACUGUUUACUUUUCUACCGAAA